UACAAGUUCAAAGUCCUUUCCCUAUGCUUUGUGAGACUUAGACCUGUUUUAGCCUCAUAUACUACAACUUGGUUAGAAUGGAGAAAUCAGAACAAACGAUUUUCACAGAAGGAGAGUUUUAUCAGGCUCAUUUUGACCCCAAAACAUAUUUAAAUAGCUUUUUUUCUCUCCCACAAGGCCAUUGUGAAGAGAACUACCUGGAACUUGAGUUGCGCCAGUUGACCAACACAUUUAAGACAGGCAAAUGGAAAGGUAAACGGCUAAUUGAGAUAGGAAGUGGUCCAUCGAUCGUCAGCCUCAUAAGUGCUUGCGAGCACUUUGAGGAGAUCGUGAUGUCCGACUUUGCUGACCGCAAUCGCCAGGAGAUUGAGAGCUGGCUGAGAGAAGAUGAGGGUUGUUUUGACUGGGAUCCUAUCAUCCAGUUUGUCUGCAAGCUGGAGGGAAACAGGACACCCAUGGAGGUAAAAGUGAGACUCAGACAAACUGUGAAGCAGGUGCUGAUGUGUGAUGUGCGUCUGGAGAACCCCUUCGAACCCUUGGAAGUGGAGCCUGCCGACUGUGUGGUGACCACCCUUUGUCUAGAGGCGGCCUGCAAAGACCUGGACAUCUACCAGCGUGCUCUGCAGAGCCUGAAGGCGCUGCUCAAACCCGGUGGGGUUCUGGUGAUGACAGGUGCCCUUAAUGAGACCUUCUACAUGGUGGGAGGUCAGAGGUUCUCAUGUUUGCCCCUCAGUAAGGACAUUGUCCAGGGAAUGCUGAGGAAUCUUGGGUUUUCCAUUGAGCAUUUUAACCUGUUGCCCAUUCAGGAAAGGUAUGAAAAGCUGAUAUCAGAUUUUGAUGGCAUUUUUCAUGUUGUUGCAUGCAAGCCAGCAUAACACGUGGGCCAUUUUCCUAAAUGAAAACAAUCCAGGAAGCUACAUUUUGAAAAUGUAAAUGCCAGUUUCCUCCCACAAUCCAAGGGGAGAUUGUAGAUACAUUUUGGUGUAGCUAUUACUUUUGCAACCCGUAUUAUAUGAAAUUGUGGAUGUUUUUGUGUAUGAAAGUUCUGACCCACACAUUUUUAUUUCUUAUCAAUGUGUAACAGGAUUAAUGUCUUAGCGAAGAUAACCGGGUGUGAUUCGAGAACCAUAAUGUUCUUUUAUGAUUAUCAGAAAAUUCACAUACUAUUAAUAUUGCCAUAAAUAACCUUAAUACCUUUCUCUUGCAGAUGGUUCAAUGUGUAUCAGAACAGUACAGGUUGUAAAAGUGGUCAAGCAAAACGUAAAUUAAAUGCUUAAUUUUUAGUUUUUAGUAUUACAGUAUAGUGCCCUUAAAAGCUCUAAUGGACCCCCCAUAACUUAAAAGUUGACCACACUGUGAUGGACAGUGCAUUUAACUUCCUGAAAAAGACUGGGUUGAGUCAACCACAAGAGUUCCUGACCUCUCAUCUCCUACUCUGGUCAUUUAAAGGUCUUAAAAGUCUGCUAAAGACUGGUUCUUCACAAAUUAGACUGACCCCGACAAUUUCUGGUAAAAUACGUGCCCUUUUUCCUCCCCACACACAGUAUGCCAGUACCUGUGGGGAGCCCGCCACUAACAUUUGUGUGGCAUCUGCAAUAAAGCGUGGCUUUGUGUUUCAUUGCUCUGUGCUGUACUUUGAUUCAUUUGUUUUUCUUUAUUUCUGGCCUCGUUUUGUUAAUCCUGUGAUUUUUAUCUCUGACUCUUCAAUAAUCUUCAGUGGGAUGUGCAACCAGUAUAUGCUGCUCACAAACUACAACUGUAAUCUGUAGUUUACUGUAAUGUUCAGCUUGCUUGUAUAUGAACACAAGAAAGUCCUGUUAGUUGUUGCUCAAACAAUUACAUACGUGCACAAUACCUUGACCGUAUUAGUCGUUCAUAUUAUCGGCGAACUUUGCACACAUCUCAGGUUCGAUGCAGCUUCGCCUUUAUUCUUUGAGUACAGCGGUGGCAAGCAGUGCACACUGGGAGACCUCAGCAGAGAGACUCCCUGAGUAGCACAGGCAGUGGGUUUUUUUUUAAUUUUUUUUUAUUAAAUACUAAAUACAGCGGUUGGCGUAUUAGGUUGCAGCACUCUUGCCUCAGUCACCUGUUACACACAAGGGGUGUCAGAUUAGCACAACAUUGUUGAAACUGUAUGCAAUAAAGAAAUAGCGAAAUAACGGCUAAGAAAUUGUGACAGAAACAGAAAGUGGUUACGAGGGCAUCAAUCCGACGUUAGGAAACAAAAUGCAGCAUGUUCUAUGGCAUAAUUCAAUACUUUUCCUCAAUAUGUACACACUUUUUUUUUUUGAAGUGUAAAUCUUCACGGCAAUUUUAAUGUCGCAUAACCACUCACUAAUCUUUGUGCAAGAUAUACCACUAAAUCUUGUUAGUGUUACUUCUCAUAAUGGGCCUAAAUGCUCUCCAAUUAAUGUUGCAGCCUUUCAAGCCUGAUUUUCCGCAAUAGUUGGCUUUCCCAUUAAAAGUAAUCAAUAUUAUUACAUGCUUAUUUGGUAAUGUUUUCUAUUGGGUCUAGCACUUUAUACUGAAUAUGUCUUGUAAAAUUUGUAUUACAGUCUUUUUUGUACAAAAUUUUAUGUAACUACAUAAUAAGAAUUAAAAUAUUACACUGGAACUGAAGAUGAUUAACAUGGAAAUACCAAUUCUAUAUAUAUUUUAUAAAAAACCUAAAUAAAACAUGUUUCAUGUGUUUCAGUUUGUGAAAAUUACAAAGUAGAGGAUGACUGCCUCAGUGUAGUAAAGGGCAACAUAAUACGAAUUAUAAAAA